GACUCUGCUUGCCGAACAGUACACACUACGCUACGAAAAAUAGAGACAUGUGUAGAACCAUCCAUUUCCGCAGCCGCUGCUGCAGGCACCACUGGCUGCAGAUCUGGCAGCCGUGCUAUCCCGGGAUGGGGUUCAACACGUGCAGCAUGUUUGGCGACGGGAUCGCGCGCGAACCCGCGAGCAUUGCCGACGCGGCGGGCUUGUGUCCUGCUUGUCGCUUCUCGGGCUGCUACGACAAGAACAAGACUCGCAUGAUCAUGGAUAUUAAGAGUCGCUGGCGUUGGGGGUUCGGCCCGAGUAAAUACGACCCGGGAUGCGAGUGCGCUGUUAUGUGAGAUGCGCGGGUUUGGCUGGAAGGGAGUUGCGUAUUCGCGUUUCGACGUGGAGGGAUGGGG